GCUCCUCGCUUUAUCGAGAGACUCUUUGCGCCAUGAGCUGUAGCCAAUCAGAGACGCCUGCUGGUGGUACGGAGAAACAACUGCGGAAAGUUGGGCAGUGAAGAGAUAGCAGACACGACUGAUAACAGCGAGAAACAUACGAAGUAAGACAUCGCUGCAAAAGUUGGCAAAGCAUCAUGAAGGAGGACAAGGAAAACACGCGUCCCAGAGAAAAGAAAGUGGAAAUAAAAUGUGACGAAAUUGAGAAAGCAGAGAAGCCAAAUAAAGAGAAGAAGGAGGCUAUGACAAAGAUUGUGAUUCGACGUCUCCCUCCAAGUCUAACUAAAGAAGACUUAGUGGAACAACUGCAGCCUCUUCCAGAGCUGGAUUACCUGGAGUUUUUCUCUAGCGAUACUAGUCUUUUCCCUCAUCUGUUUGCAAGAGCCUAUCUGAAUUUCAAAAAUCAAGAUGACAUAGUUCUCUUCAGAGACCGGUUUGAUGGCUAUGUCUUCAUUGAUAAUCGAGGUCAAGAAUAUCCGGCAAUUGUUGAGUUUGCACCAUUCCAGAAAAUUGCUAAGAAAAGGAGCAAGAAGAAGGAUGCAAAAAGUGGAACAAUUGAAGAUGAUGUUGAUUACAAAAAUUUUUUGGAGUUCUACAAUGGUGACGAGGAAAAAUUUCCUUCCAACCCUGAGACUUUACUUGAAGAAAUAGAGGCCAAGACAAAGGAACUCAGUGCUAAAAAAACAACACCUCUAUUGGACUUCCUUAAGAAUAAACAGAGGAUUAGAGAAGAGAAGAAAGAAGAGAGGAGACGGAGAGAACUCGAACGUAAACGCCUGCGAGAUGAAGAACGGCGCAAGUGGAAAGAGGAGGACAGAAGAAAAAGAAAAGAGGCUGAGAAAUUGAAAAAAGGAGAAAAGGCUGAUAAGGACCAACCUAAAAAUGAACUGCCAAAAAUCAAGCUCUUGAAAAAAACAGAGAAAGCAGGUGAUGGUGAUGCUGAGAAGCCAAAGGACAAGCCCAAGAAACAAGACCGAGAGAAACAGAAGGAAGAUCGACCUCCUGUAGGAGGAGACCCAAAGAAGCGUCAGAAUGGUGAACACAGAGAGGAGAAGGGGGGAAAGUCAGAGGAUAGUGGGCAUAAAAAUUUCAGAGAUCGUGAUGGAGAGCGAGACCGGGACAGAGAGAGAGAGCGAAGACAGAAAGAAAAAGAACGAUUCAGAAGGCAGGAUGAAGAGCGAAGGAAAAGGGAACGUCAGGAUAGAGAAAACACCUACAAAAAGAGAGACGAGGAGGGGAAGAAGGACAAGGAGCGUGUUUGGGAGAAAAGAAAGAAUGAAAACGCCGGAGAGUCCUCCGUUAAUGCUCACCCUGAAAAGCCAUCUAGGGACAACAAAAAAGAAGACAGUGCCAAAAAAGACCGUCUGAGAAACAAGGAUCGGCCUGCAAUUCAGCUGUACCAGCCCGGGGCGAGGAGCCGUAACCGGAGCGGAGGAGGAACAGGAGGAGAUGAACCGGCAGCAGAGAAGAGAGCUGAGCAGGAGUCCAAGAACACUCAAGAGAAAGCUGCUGAGUGAGGAAACAGCUCUGUGCUGGCAUGACAUGAUAUCUCGAGAGAGAGGAGGGGCUCUGUUCUAAUCAGGACAAACACCUCAAAAAC